GCGAGUCUGUUGUGGUCUGGUGGUCGUCCCCAUCGUUUGCUGCACUGUCAACGGUUGCUGCCAGCUAGUUUGGUGUUUACCACUUGGUAGUUUAGCUGUGCCCGAGAUGUCACGAAGGGAAAGCAGCUCCGUCAGUGACAGACCCCACAAACGGAUCAAACCCACGGUGGAAGAAGUGACAGAUGAAAAUAUUGAUGACAGUGACCAGCAAUAUGAUCUGCUGAAGAAACAGAUGCUGACUGUUGGUGGGGUGGUGAGUGACGCAGGGAUUGUGGAGAGCAUUACACUGAAGAACUUCAUGUGCCACUCUCUCCUUGGCCCGUUCACUUUUGGUCCCAAUAUAAACUUUGUCGUCGGCAACAAUGGAAGCGGAAAGAGUGCCAUCCUGACAGCCCUUAUAGUUGCCUUAGGCGGGAAUGCACAGGCCACAAACAGAGGAUCGUCCCUCAAAGGUUUUGUGAAGGAAGGAGAAAGCUCAGCUGAUGUAUCGAUCACCCUGCGUAACCAAGGAAGGGAUGCUUACAGACCUGAGGUGUAUGGUUCAAUCAUCAUUGUAGACAUGAGGAUAACACGUGAGGGGUUGAGAACCUAUAAACUGAGAAACCAAUCAGGCUAUCUUGUCUCAAACAAAAAGGAAGAACUCUUGUCCAUCUUGGACAGUUUUAAUAUACAGGUCAACAAUCCCGUGUCAGUUCUCACUCAAGAGAUGAGCAAAUACUUCCUACACUCCAAAGGAGAGGGGGACAAAUAUAAGUUUUUUAUGAAAGCUACCCAGCUGGAGCAGAUGAGAGAGGACUUCAUCUACAUCAAAACCACCAAGGCUAUCACAGAGGAUAAAGUUGAACAACAUAGUGAAUGCUUGAAAGACCUGAAGCGGAAGUACCUGGAGAAAGAGGACCGUUACAAGAGUCUGGCAUCACUUGAUGAAAUGCAAACCAAAUUGGAGGAGUUGCAGAAGCAAAUGGCUUGGGCUCUGGUGGCUGAGAUGGAGAAGGAGUUGGAGCCGAUGAAGGAGAAGCUGCAGUCCAAUAGCCGUGCUACAGAAAAAUAUGAUCAGAAGGUGGAUGAAUGGAAGAAUAAAGUGGAAGCAGCUGAGAGGAUGCAAAAGCAGACCCAGGAACAGUUGGAUGAGAUCACACAACAACUCUCAUUGCAUCAGUCCAAAUGUGCUGAGCUCAAGGCCAAGGUCCAGAGACAAAACACCGUUUUCAAGUCCAGCGAGGUCACUGUCCACAGAUGCAAAGCUAACCUGAGGGACCUGGAAAACGACAAGCAUCAACUGUCCUCAAGGAUAAAUGACCUCCAGCUGAGCAUCAGUCAGACAACAGGAGUGGAGAGCCAGGCCAGAAUGGAGCGUAUGGAGCAAAUACAGGCUGAGCUGGAAAACCUAAGACACCAGAUCUCCACUCUGGGCCAGCAGAUUGACCAGUACGAACAUGCCUGCAGCCGUGCCAAGGAGGAACAAGGAAAGAUGAGGAGAGAGAAGGAAAUGCUCCAUAGGUCCAUGGACAGCAACAGAAGGAACCUGCAGACUUUGGAGAGCAGUCGGUCCAAUCGCCUGCGGCGUUUUGGAGAGCACAUGCCUGCACUCCUAAACGCCAUCCAAGAAGCUCACAAAAGGGGCCAGUUCAAGCACAGACCUCGAGGACCUCUGGGUUACCUGAUUAGUCUGAAGGACCCAGAGCUGGCCCUGGCUGUAGAAGUAUGUCUUAAAGGCCAGCUGCAUGCCUUCACGUGCGAUAACUAUGAUGAUGAGAGGGUGCUGAAGAACCUCAUGGCCAAAGUGUACCCUACUGGCCGCAGACCUGCCAUCAACACCUGCUCUUUUCUCCCAAGUGUCCAUGACACGAGAAGGAGGGCCGUGAACCACCCUGAAUACCCCUCCGUGCUUCAGGCUCUAGAAAUUGAGGACCCAGUUGUGGCCAACUGCCUGAUUGAUCAAAGGGGUGUAGAAAGCAUUCUACUCAUUAAGAAUCGUGCAGAGGCUCGAAGAGUGAUGCAGGGCAGAAACUGUCCUCGGAACUGCACCCAGGCCUUCUCUAAGGAGGGAGAUCAGAUCUUCAGUAACCGCAGUUACGCUGCUGACCAGAACAGAGCCAACUGCCUCUCGGGAGAUGUCGAGGAGGAGAUCAGGCACCGGCAGAGGGAGAUUGAAAACCAGAAAGCUCAGGGAAAUCGCUUCCAGCAACAAAUGAAGAAGUUAGAUGAAGACAUCAAACAGAACGAAGGGCUGCUGAGAAGAACCCACAUAGAUCAGAAGACAGCCAAAAAUAAUGCCACAAAGCUAGAGCUGGAGCUGACGGACCUAAGAAAUGUGGAGGAGCCUCAGUCAGAGGACCUCAAGCCCCUGGAGGACGCUCUCAAGGAGAUUGUAACUAAGAUCUCGUCCAAGCGCGUCAAGUACAAUGAGGCACAAGCUGAGAUGGCUGAGCACAAGGCCUCCUACGAGGCGGCAGAGCAGGAGUACCAGCAGCACAAAGAGCAGAUCAACACGAUCGCUGAGGAGGCCGACUCCAAAAAGGAGGAGCUGAGUAAGAUUGAUCAGGAGGUGAUGAAGUGCAAGCAUCACAAGAAACACUAUGACGAGAAACGCAGUGCCCAUCUCCGCGACAUACAGACCCUUGACGCCUCACUGGAAAGCAAGGAGCAAGAACUUCAGGCAUCUGUGGCAAAGGCCACCCAAAUCUGUCAGCAGCGUCUGGAGGUACGACGGACAGCCAGAAGUCUGGACAGUGAGAUCAGCCGUCUCAAGGUUAAGAUCACGACCCAGCAGGAACAGCAGGGGGACCGUGAGGAAGUUGUGAAGCAGUACCAGGAGGCUCUGGAGACCUACAAGAACAUGGCACAGCAAGUGAAGAAUCUCAAAAGCUUCAUCAAAAGUCUGGACAGCGUUAUGAACCACAGACUCCAGGUUUACACUGAGCUCAGGAGGUUCCUCUCGGCCCGCUGUAAAUACUACUUUGAUAGCAUGCUGGCCCAGAGAGGCUACACUGGAAGUAUGACCUUUGACCACAGGAAUGAGACCCUCUCCAUCUCAGUGCAGCCGGGCCAGGGAAACAAGGCUGACUUGAGUGACAUGCGCUCCCUCUCUGGAGGCGAGCGCUCCUUCUCGACUGUUUGCUUUGUCCUCUCUCUCUGGGCCAUCACAGAGGCGCCUUUCCGCUGCCUUGACGAGUUUGAUGUUUACAUGGACAUGGUGAACAGGAGGAUAUCAAUGGACAUGAUGCUGAAGGUGGCUGCUAGUCAGCGCUACAGACAGUUCAUUUUCCUCACCCCACAGAGCAUGAGGUCGCUUCCAGAGAGCAACAUCAUCCGGAUCCUCCGUCUCAAAGAUCCAGAUCGUGGCCAAAGCACACAAAGUCAAGACGAAAACCAGUGAUGUUGCCAGAGUGGAAGUGGAACUCUGUUUACAUUCAUGGCUAGUCCACACAUACUCUGGUAUUUUUCAUAACAUAGGGCUUUCUACUUUCCUUUUCCAGUAGCCUUUUUCUGGUUCACACACAAACACAGUCAUAGGCUUCAGACAACAUGGUGUUCACCGUUAUCUCCUUUGUGUACAUGAAGGCAUUUUGUGCAAUGGCAGAUGUAGCCAAAAUAGUACUGGUGCUAACCUUGCUAACAUGACGAAUGCAUGCUCACAUAUAAAUGCACAGUUAGUCUUCCACUGUUAAUGAGGGAUCGAGGUGUCAGAAUGAGCAACAAUGAUCACUGUUGCAUAAUCUUAACGCUCCCACAGCACACUGCGCUGGUCUUGGACAAGACCCAUUCACGACUUUCAGAAUCCCACUGUUGCGAAGCGGGUCAUGCCUUCGCCAUAGUUGGACCUCUAGUAGCUGCUUUUUUCAGGGUUCUGAUUGGCUUUAUGGUUAGGAUUAUAUGGGCACCUGUUUGCAUUUUUCACAUGGACAAAGUGUUAUUCAUUCUUUUUUUUUUUUUUUUUAAACAUUGCUGGUGUGGAUUUAUUUCUUUUUUUAAUGGACUGGUAUUUCGUAAAUACACACAUACGUGUGGACUAAGCAUCACUUUUUGGUCAUGUUUGAGUUUUCAGUAAAGAAUUAAUGUUUCUUCCAGUUCUUUUUAAAUGUAUAAUGUAUAAACUGUUUGACCAUUCCAUAAUAAAACACUGUC